CCCGCCUCACUCAAACUCAAUCUCCUCCUCAUCCUCGCUUUAGUGCCUCGCAGCUUCUACUUUGGACCACAACCAUCCUCCCCCUUUCCACCUCCCGCAAGGGCACACGCGCGUUUCUUUUUCUUUCUUUUUUUUUUUUUAAGGACCAUGGAGAGCGCAGUAGGCAACCUCUCGGACGCGGAUUACGGGCUCCAAAUGUCCGCCUUGUACAACAGCAGCGGCGGCUUGUGCCGGGGCAACGUGAGCACCAACGGGAGCGGGUGCGAAGGGGGGCGCGCCCCGAGCGCCGAGCCGGACUACGGCGACGCCAACCCGGUCAUCAUCGCCAUCGUCAUCACGGCGGUCUACUCCAUCGUGAGCGUGGUGGGGCUGGUGGGCAACGUGCUCGUCAUGUACAUCAUCGUCAGGUACACCAAAAUGAAGACGGCCACCAACAUCUACAUCUUCAACCUGGCCCUGGCCGAUGCCCUGGUCACCAGCACGCUGCCUUUCCAGAGCGUCAACUACCUGAUGGGCACGUGGCCCUUCGGCGACAUCCUGUGCAAGAUGGUGAUGUCCAUCGACUACUACAACAUGUUCACGUCCAUCUUCACGCUCACCACCAUGAGCAUCGACCGCUACGUGGCCGUGUGCCACCCGGUCAAGGCUCUGGACUUCAGGACGCCGCGCAACGCCAAGAUCGUCAACGUGUGCAACUGGAUCCUGUCGUCUGCCAUCGGCCUGCCCGUCAUGUUCAUGGCCUCCACCGUCGUCACUCCCUCCAGCAUCGUGGACUGCAAGCUGAUUUUCCCCCACCCUUCCUGGUACUGGGACAUCCUCCUGAAGAUCUGCGUGUUCAUCUUCGCCUUCAUCAUGCCCGUGCUGAUCAUCACGGUGUGCUACGGCCUGAUGGUCCUGCGCCUCAAAAGCGUGCGCAUGCUGUCGGGCUCACAGGAGAAGGACAGGAACCUGCGUCGGAUCACGCGCAUGGUGCUGGUGGUGGUGGCCGUCUUCAUCGUGUGCUGGACGCCCAUCCACAUCUUUGUGAUCAUCAUCGCCCUGAUCAACAUCUCCAGCUCCAGCCUCCAGACCGUCACCUGGCACUUCUGCAUCGCCCUGGGCUACACCAACAGCAGCCUGAACCCGGUGCUUUAUGGCUACCUGGACGAGAACUUCAAGCGCUGUUUCCGCGAGUUCUGCUCGUCCGGCCCCUCGCUGCUGGAAAUGCAGAACUCCGUCCGAGUGGGCGCGGCGGGACGCAGGGCGCCGCAGCGAGAGCCGAACAGCGCGCAGACAGGAGACAGGUCCAAUCAGCAGGUAUGGUGGAUACAUUGCACCUCUCCCUACAGAUAA